AUGGCGUCUCCUGCAAUCCACCAGGCCAUUGCUGAGGCCGCUGCUAAAUAUCGUUUUCCUGAGGGACGGGUGUUUGAAUAUGGUACCGCGGGGUUCCGCAUGAAAGCAGAUCUGCUCAACACAGUCGUCUUCGCUGUAGGACUUCUCGCCGGCCUUCGAUCAAAGAAGCUCAAUGGCCAAUGGAUUGGUGUUAUGGUUACAGCAAGUCACAAUCCCGCCGAGGACAAUGGUGUGAAGCUGGUUGACCCUAUGGGCGAAAUGCUUGAGGCUGAGUGGGAGCCAUAUGCAACAAAAUUGGCAAACGCGCCCCUCGACAAAGUGGCAGAUGUAUACAAUGACCUGAUCAAGGAGAUCGACAUCAAAAUGGACAACCCUGCACGAGUGGUAUUUGCCCGUGAUACUCGCGCAUCUGGUUCUCGUCUGGUAGGAAUCCUCAGUGCGGCCCUGACUGCCACUGAAGUCGAAUUUGUGGACUUCAAGUUCAUGACCACCCCUCAGUUGCACUACAUUGUUCGAUGCAAAAACACCCUGGGCACUCCAUAUGAAUACGGCGAGCCUACAGAGCAAGGCUACUAUGAGAAACUAGGUGGAGCCUUCAAGAAGGUUAUGAAGGGUGUCAAGAUUCAAGGUCACCUAACUGUUGACUGCGCCAAUGGUGUUGGUGGUCCCAAGCUUCACGAACUCAUUAAAUGUCUUCCAUCUGCAGCGGAAGGUGGUAUUGACAUCAAGAUUGUCAACGACAAUGUCAUUGACCCAAAUAGUCUUAACUUUGAGUGCGGUGCCGACUACGUCAAAACCAAACAACGAGCUCCUCCUUCCUCCAAGGCCGCACAGUUGGACCGUUGUGCAUCUUUAGAUGGUGACGCCGAUCGAUUGGUGUACUACUUCAUAGACGAGAACAAUGUGUUCCGAUUGCUCGAUGGAGAUCGCAUUGCAACGCUUGCAGCUUCCUUCAUUGGCGAUCUAGCCCGCAACGCUGGCAUUGCACAGAAGCUGAAAAUCGGUGUCGUCCAAACCGCUUAUGCCAACGGUGCAAGCACCGAAUACAUCGAAAAAGUUCUCAAACUCCCUGCCGUAUGCACAAAGACGGGUGUCAAGCAUCUCCACCACGCAGCCAUGCGAUAUGACGUUGGUGUCUAUUUCGAAGCUAACGGCCACGGAACCGUGACCUUCUCAGAAAACGCACUCAAGACCAUCAAGAGCGCGGAACCCCAAUCACCUGCCCAACAACAAGCACUUGAGUCUCUCAUCGGUCUGACGGAUCUGAUCAACCAAGCAGUUGGAGACGCUCUGUCGGAUAUGCUCCUCGUCGAGGCAAUCUUGGCUCACAAGGGAUGGACCACCAAGGAAUGGCUCGGUACCUACACCGACUUGCCUUCUCGUCUUGUCCGCGUUGAAGUUGCCGACCGCUCAAUCUUCAAAACUAUUGAUGCUGAACGCAAGCUCGAAUCCCCUGCAGGAAUUCAGGAUAAGAUUGACGCUCUGCAGUCCCGUUACAACAAAGGUCGCAGCUUUGCACGUGCAAGUGGUACAGAAGACGCUGUACGCGUGUAUGCAGAGGCUGCCAGCAGAUCUGAAGCCGAUGAUCUAGCCACACGGGUCGCCAACGUCGUGAAGGAAGCUGGCUCUGGCGGUGAUUCCUAA